UUUUUUUUCCUACCCAAACACAAACAAAGUACUCCAAUUCACGGGGUGUGAAAGUGAAGGAUGCUUACAAACUAUGGGCUCCAACUCACUUGGGUGUCUUGUAGUACCAAUUAGAUUCCUUUUUCUGUUCCAUUUUUCCAUUAUUUCUGGAAAUAAAUCUUUGUUUGUUUUUAACUUGACAUAGAUAGUUGGCACAACAAUACCAUAUAUCCUACUUUUAUUAUCUUAAUGUCAGUUAGGUUCAUUUCAUCUUUAUCAACUGCACAAAGUAUAACAUUUGUCUUUGCUUUCUGCUACCUUUCUUUUCUUCAUACCCUUUAUUCAUUUUUCAUACCCUAAGAUUUGGUGAACAGAACAAAUAUAUUGUAGUAAGUAACCAUAUCCUUUUUCUUCUUUGUCUUCUCUGUCUCAAGUGUUCUUUUCUACACCAUAUGAACAUGUAGUUGCAAAUGUAUCAUCUAAUUAAGGAAAACAUCAUGAGACUAAACACACUCUUGAGAGUUUCAUCUUUUCUUUUUCUUCUACUGCUUCAAUAUUCAUAUGCACUUAACUCUGAUGGAAUUUUCUUGCUUAAAUUCAGAUACUCCAUCCUCAGUGACCCUUUAUCAGUCUUUGAAACAUGGAACUAUGAUGAUGCAACUCCAUGUUCAUGGCAUGGAGUUGCAUGCAGUGAAUUAGGAUCUCCUGAUACACCUGAUUUCUUAAGAGUAACUAGCUUAAUCCUUCCAAAUAACCAACUUCUUGGUUCCAUUGCAGAAGAUUUAGGCCUAAUCCAAAACCUUCAUCACAUUGAUCUCUCAGACAAUUUCCUCAAUGGUUCAUUACCUAACUCUAUCUUCAACUCUUCUCAACUACAAUUCCUUUCACUCUCCAACAAUAAAAUCUCAGGUAAGCUACCUGAGUUGAUUGGUUUAUCCACAAACCUUCAAAGUCUAAACCUUUCUGACAAUGCCUUUGUUGGGUCAGUCCCAAAAAACCUCACUUCUCUACAGAAUCUAACCGUUGUUUCUUUGAAAAGUAACUAUUUUUCUGGUGAAAUUCCAAAUGGGUUCAACUCUGUUCAGAUUCUAGAUCUGUCCUCAAAUUUGUUCAAUGGUUCUCUUCCAAAUAACUUUCAAGGCCAAAAUCUCCAAUACUUGAAUCUCUCUUAUAAUAAAAUCUCAGGACCAAUUCCAAAAACAUUUGCUAAGCACAUUCCUGAAAAUUCUACAAUUGAUCUCUCAUUCAACAAUCUAACAGGAACAGUACCUGAAUCAAUGGCUUUGCUCAAUCAAAAAGCAGAAUCACUCUCUGGAAACUCUGAUCUGUGUGGAAAACCUUUGAAGAAUCUUUGUAUAAUUCCCUCAAGUAUCUCUACUCCUCCAGAGAACAUCAACAACACAUCUUCACCAGCAAUUGCAGCAAUGCCAAGAACAGUUAAUUCAACACCAGGAACAAACACAACAUCAACUAGUGAUUCUUCUCAGAAUGGUCUAAAACCUACUACAAUAGCAGCCAUUGUUGUAGGUGACAUAGCAGGCAUGGGAAUUUUAGCUCUUAUCAUUCUUUGUGUAUAUCAACAAAGAAAGAAAAGAUAUACAAAACAAAACACUGUAAUUCAUGAGAAGAAAGUGUUAGAAAGUGUUGUGCAACAAGACCAAGAAGAUGUGAAAACACAAACACAUUCACGACUUCAAUGUUCUCCGUGUUGUUUAACGAUUAAACAAGACGAGAUAUCAGAAGAUCCAAGCUCGGAUGAGAGUGAACGCGACAUUAAAAGUAUCAUUGUGGACAACGGGAAGCUUCCGAAUGAAGGCACGUUGGUAACGGUGGACGGUGAGACGAAGCUGGAUUUGGAGACAUUGUUGAAGGCUUCAGCUUAUAUACUUGGAACAAGCCGUGCAAGUAUUGUGUAUAAAGCAGUUUUACAGGAUGGAAGAGUUUUUGCUGUUAGAAGGAUUGGUGAGUGUGGUGUUGAAAGAAUGAAGGAGUUUGAGAAUCAAGUGAGAGCUAUUGCUAAGGUUAAGCAUCCUAAUUUGGUUAAGAUUCGUGGGUUCUGUUGGGGUGAAGAUGAAAAGCUUGUUAUUUCUGAUUAUGUUCCUAAUGGCAGCCUCUCAAGUAUUGGUUACAGAAGAGGAGGGUCGUCCCCUAUGAACUUAUCCUUGGAGGUGCGUUUGAAGAUAGCAAAAGGAGUUGCAAGAGGACUAGCUUAUCUUCACGAGAAGAAACACGUGCAUGGCAAUGUUAAACCAAGCAACGUCUUAUUAAAUUCAGAAAUGGAACCCAUCAUAAGUGAUUUUGGAAUUGACUUGCUUCUCUUGAAUGAUAUCAACCAUAGAGGGAAUGGUUCAUUUAGACAUUUAGUGAACCAGAGAACCCCACAACAACAAGACAUUUCCAUUGGUUCAACUCCUAGCCCCUAUGGAACAAUGGGGCCAUCAUCAUCUACUUGUGGGGGUCAAGUGCCAUACCAAGCACCAGAAUCGUUUCAAAACAUAAAAUCAAACCCCAAAUCGGAUGUGUAUUCAUUUGGAGUUAUUUUGUUGGAGAUUUUAAGUGGGAGGGUUUUCUCGGACCUGGAGUUAGACCAAUGGUCUAUUCCCGGUUCGGUUGAAGAGGAGAAAAACCGGGUUUUGAGAAUGGUUGAUGUGGCAAUUAAGCAUGAGAUUGAAGGUAGAGAAAAUGUGGUGCUCACGUGUUUUAAGUUGGGGUUAAAUUGUGUUUCUCUUGUCCCACAAAAGAGACCGUCCAUGAAAGAAGCACUACAAAUUUUAGAGAAGAUGGCUACAUUUGUUAUUAAUUAAUUGUUUUCAUAUAAUGAUAUUGAUGUAACUUGAACCUUGUUAUGGUCAAGGUGUUUAGCUUUUUCCAACUUUUGUUGACUUGAAAUUAGUAUGGACAAAGGUAAAGAUUAUUGGAAAGAUUUGUUUGUUUAUUAGAAAGAGAUAUUAUAUUGCAUUGUACCUUUGACGGAUGAAAGGAAUCUUUGUCUCUA